UUUAAAUUACUCUCCGGCUACAACGUGUGAAAUGUGUGACCUGGCUCGUCCGGAGCCUGCACCCCUCCCAGUCAAGCUCCACCCCCCCUCACCUGUCAGACGGGUCCCUGCUCUGCCCGUCAAACCCAAAGAACUGGCUCCUAAGAACCUGGACUCCCAGAGGCAGAAUUUGAUGAAGGAGGAUGGACUGAAGUUGAUUCAGCUCAUAAGAGUCGGGGAGAAGAAAGGCCUGAGUCCAGAGGAGGUCUUCACGAGCAUGAGGGUUACUGGGGAGAGUAGCGCAUUGUCCUGCAGCUGGAUGAAGACAGAUCUCCUUCUAAUCUUAGACCAGAUCAGGAUGCUGGUGGCAACAUCCUUCCUUCAGUGUGUUUCUGACAAGGCAUUAGCUAACGUGUCAAAAGAAGACCCACCUGGUGAUGGAGGAGAAAAAGCCGACUCGUCAGAUGUUAAAAGGCAGUGA